AUGUGCAGCAUGCAGGCAGAGCAUUGCCAGUACAUGACGGAGCCUGAGCAGAUGUAUCACCAGCAGCAGCAGCAGUUUCAUGAUCACAGGCAGCACAUGUCCUCGAGGCCUAGCUUGUCCCCGGAGAAGAAGUUCUUCAUGAAGGGCCAAGGAGGGGCAGGAGGAGGAGGAGAUUCGGGGCUCAUCCUGUCGACGGAUGCGAAGCCUCGGCUUAAGUGGACUCCUGAGCUGCACGAGCGGUUCGCGGAUGCGGUGAAGAAGCUAGGAGGGCCUGACAAAGCUACGCCGAAGGCAAUCAUGAGGGUCAUGGGAAUCCCGGGAUUAACUCUGUACCAUCUUAAGAGCCACCUCCAGAAAUUCAGACUUAGCAAGAAUCUCCAAGCGCAAGCUAAUGCCGUCAAUGCAAAAAAUGUUUAUGGCUUUGGCACAGCGACGGAUAAAGCGUGUGAAGGGCAUGGAUCAUCAGGUGAUCACCUGAACCGAGAGACGAACACCAGCAGGUCUAUGCACAUAAACGACGCCCUCCAAAUGCAAAUUGAGGUCCAGAGACGACUGCACGAGCAAAUAGAGGUACAAAGGCACCUGCAGCUCCGGAUCGAAGCCCAGGGGAAGUACCUGCACUCCGUGCUGGAGAAGGCGCAGGAGGCGCUCGGGAAGCAGCACGUCGUCGCCGGCCUCGAGGCGGCGGAGCCCACGCAGCGGCUGCCGGAGCUAGCCUCGUCGGUGAGACGAGGAUUACUCCAGAACGACGGCUCGGCCGAUGACAGCUGCCUGACCGCGUCCGAGGACAUCCUCUCCAUGGGCCUCUCCGCGUCUGCCACCCGUAGAGGCUGCGGCGCUCCGUUCGAAACCUCGGCGAGCGCGAGCCGCGAGGAGGACGAGGAAUGCUACCUGUUUCUCGGCAAGCCUGAGGGGCGGCGUGAGGUCAGGAGGGACGGGUGCAACGGUGGCGCGGCGUUCGGGAAGGCGGCGGAGCUGGACCUUAGCAUCGGCGUCGUCGCGGCGAGCAGCAGGCGGCGGCCGGACGGCGGCGACAGGCUUGACCUGAACGGAUCAGGCUGGAACUGA